UUUGUUUCUUCCUCUGUUAGCGCGUCAUGUAAAUUUGUGGUAUUCUUGAAUUAAGGCAUAAUCUAUAUUAUUUGUCUUUUGAAAAAUAUGCCCCAAUCACUCACAAUUAACUACCGGCCUCCAAUGACCGAUUCUGAAGAUUCAGAUAGCUAUGAUGGUUAUUAUUUCGGUGAUAUGCCAUCAAAAAAAGCUCGUUCGCCGACUAUAUGGCAACAGGAACAAAACAGUCGUGAGGAAAUAAUACUCUCAAUCAUACAAGGAGAUUCUGAAAAAUUUAGGCAGCAAAUAAGUGACCACAAGAUAUCGGUCAACGAACCAAUAAAUGGAGAGUAUACUCUUCUCAUGACUGCUUGCCGAGAAGGGCAAUUGUCUAUCGUGCGGCUACUACUCGAGGAUCUCAAUGCGGACGUCAAUAAACAGGUGGAUUCAUUUACACCACUAAUGCUAGCAUGCCAAUGUACAAGUAAAGAUUCGCAUACAAUUGAUCAGAUAGUACAACUAUUGCUAAAACAUGGAGCUGUGAUAAAUCUUUCCGACAAAUAUGGAACUACUCCUUUCAUGCAUGCCUGUAAAAACGGGUAUAUCGCCGUUGUGAGACGAAUGCUAAAAGAUGUGUCCUUCGAUGCUGUUGACAAUCAGGGAUGUACGCCGAUAUUUCAUGCAAUAGAGAAUAAUCGUACAGAUGUGGUAAAACUCUUGAUGGAAGUUGGUGUAAAUGCAACUAUAGCUAAUAGAAAAGGUUAUACGCCAGUACAAGUAGCACAAUUUCAUGGAUUUUACGAUUUACUUGAAUUUUUACCGAAAGAAAAAGUGACAUAUGUUGUCCCACCUCAAUUUCUUGGCUACAACACAUUGCGUGAUUACAUACCAAGAAUUUUUUUGAAAUCUGAUUGUCCCGAAUACUUCCAAGAAAUCAAUGCAAUCCUAUUAUCUUUAAAUAUGGAUCGAUUUUUGGAACAUUUUGCCAAGGAACAAAUUACACUUUUGGAUUUCCUAUCAAUGAAUGACGAUCUAUUGAAAGAUGUUGGAAUUAAAUAUCCUAUUUUUCGAAUGAAAAUAAUGAAAGGACUACUUGAUUUUCACCUACAUCAUUGGUCAAAAAAAUCAAUCGCUCGCGUCAGUAGAUCAUCAAAAGAAAAUUUUUACGAAAUUUUAAUGAUUACGGCCAAUCAUUUACAACAUUUGGUAAUAUUGACAGCAACGCUUCGCUUUAUAAAAGAAAAUAUUCAGUCCAAAGAAUUAGGAUAUGUGUCACAGGAACAAUUACAGUCAUUGCAACAAAAUGUUAAUACAUAUCGGGUAACAAUAAAGGAACUCCUCAGAACUACGGAAUAUUUAUCUUCAUUUAGUCCUUCAAAAAAUCCUUUGUAUAUAGAUUAUGAUGAGUAUCUGGCUGAAACCAAACGCUUGAAACUGAAAAGUUUUUUCAAAUAUACUACAAUUUUUGUUGGAGUAUCCGUAUUUAUUUGUCUCAAAAUACGAACGAUUUUCUUCAGCUCAUAAAAAAAAAAAAUAUUAAAAAAGUUUAGUACUAUAUGCGAAAUUUUUUGUCCCUUGAAUUGAUUUAAAAUUUAAUAUACAUAAUUGCAUUUAAUGAAA